AUGGCAGUGUCCACGUGGCCAGACAUCUCUCACCUCUCCGUCUCAAGGCCGGAGCUUAUCAAUGUUCUGAGGCAGAUUUUCCAGCAGGUCAAGUGGCCUCAGAAGAUGAAAGCCCUCGACUCUUUCCGAAACCCGGGCUUCAGGUGCGACUUCCACCGAGACCACGGUCACAAAACGGAGGACUGCGUCGCACUAAAGAGUGAGGUCAACGAGCUGCUUAGGAAUGGGCACCUCAAGGAGUUACUUUCCGAGAAGGCCAAGAGCCAUCUAAGCAAGGAGACAACGGGUAAGCCCACUGAAGCUGCUCCCGUCUCGCCACCGCGACGGAACCGAGUGAUCCAUAUCAUCUUGGGCGGUUCGGAAAUCAGCGGCAUUAGCCAUGCAGUCGCGAAGAAAAGAACCUGGAACGCCAAGCAUGGCCUAGAGGCAGCUAAGCAAAAACGCCUGCUCCUAGGAUCGGACGAGAUAAGUUUCACGGCCAAGGAGCAGGAGAGAGUCCUCACUCCUCACCACGACGCCUGGUUAUCUUGCUCACUGUAG